AUGCCAACAGAGAAUGGUAAUAUAGUACGUGAAAGCGAUAAACGUGAAGAAAUAUAUUUUGAAAAAGGUCAAACAAAACAACUUGUUGAAAAAUGGAAAACAAAGCAAAAUUCACCUGAUCGUGACCAGCAAAAUUUAGAUGUAACAACAUCCACGUUAGGUGAACAACGAUCAUUGAAAGAUCAAGAUUAUUUACAAACGGGUGGUUUUACUAUUAUUAUCUUUGUUUUAGGAAAAGCUAAAAAUUUAGUUGAAAUGUGGAAAACAAUGGACAAAGAAAAUACACCACCAUCUGAACGUCGUGCACCAAGACCCAUAACACCGCCAACGAAUGAUCAAAGAAAAUUACUGAUUACAAAUGAUGAUCAUGACAGUAGUAGACAAUCUUAUACCAAUGAUACAUCAAAAAUUGAAUCUGGCCAUGCUAAAGCUGCUCGAGAAAGAUUUAUACAAAAUGUUGAACAAAAUAAUACAACAACGUCGAAUCGAUCAAGUUUGAAACAAGUAACACCACCACCAGGCGAUUAUAAGCAAAGAAAAUCUUCUAGUCCAUCGGAUGUUCAUAAUACAACGUUUGAUCAAUAUGAGACUAACGAAGAUAUUAUACCGACAAAGGGUCAAGCAAAAAAUUUAAAAAAUCGCUUUGUUGAAUAUGAACAAGAUGCAAAAAAAAUUGAAACAGCUUCAUCCAAAGUUAAACACAUUCCCAAGAGAUUUGUUGAUACACCUGCUCCUAAACAAACAAAUAUUGAACCAGCCAUUGCUGAUAAUAAAUGUUUCUUAUGUAAUAAAACAGUAUAUGCUAUGGAAAAAGUUGAAGCUGACAAAAAAGUUUAUCACAAAUCUUGUUUUAAAUGUAUGCAAUGUAAAUCAGUGUUAAAACCUGGUAAUUUUACAUCUGUUGGAACAAAGAUCUAUUGUAAACCUCAUUAUAUGCAGUUAUUUGCCGUUAAAGGAAAUUAUUCAUCUGGAUUUGGUUUAGAAGAACAUAAAUCUCGAUGGUCACAGCAACAAACUGCCACACAAUAUCAAAAUAAUAAUAAUAAUAAUUAUAAUAAUUCUUGA